AUGCUCCUGUCCGGCUCUCGCGACAAGACACUCAUCAUCUGGGACCUGACCCGUGACGAGGCCCAGUACGGCUACCCCAAGCGCUCGCUGCACGGCCACUCGCACAUUGUGUCCGACUGUGUCAUCUCCUCUGAUGGUGCCUACGCUCUGUCGGCCUCGUGGGACAAGACCCUGCGCCUGUGGGAGCUCUCCACCGGUACCACCACCCGCCGCUUCGUCGGCCACACCAACGAUGUCCUAUCCGUCUCUUUCUCCGCCGACAACCGCCAGAUCGUCUCCGGCUCGCGCGACCGGACGAUCAAGCUGUGGAACACCCUGGGCGAUUGCAAGUUCACCAUCACCGACAAGGGCCACACCGAGUGGGUCUCCUGCGUGCGCUUCUCGCCUAACCCCCAGAACCCCGUGAUCGUCUCGGCCGGUUGGGACAAGCUUGUCAAGGUCUGGGAACUCUCCACAUGCAAGCUGCAGACGGACCACAUCGGCCACACCGGCUACAUCAACACAGUCACCAUCUCUCCUGACGGUUCCCUCUGCGCCUCGGGCGGCAAGGACGGCACUACUAUGCUUUGGGACUUGAACGAGUCCAAGCACCUGUACUCGCUCAACGCCGGUGACGAGAUCCACGCCCUGGUCUUCUCGCCCAACCGCUACUGGCUGUGCGCUGCCACUGCUUCCAGCAUCAUCAUCUUCGACCUGGAGAAGAAGAGCAAGGUCGACGAGCUGAAGCCCGAAUUCCAGGCCGUCGGCAAGAAGAGCCGCGAGCCUGAGUGCGUGUCCCUGGCCUGGAGCGCCGACGGCCAGACCCUGUUCGCUGGCUACACUGACAACAUUAUCCGCGCCUGGGGUGUUAUGUCAAGAGCAUAA